GGUUUUUAUAACUUUAUUGCGGUGCCUACAACGUGUUCGUGCUCUUAAACGUGAGGACUUCUCAGUAGCCCCUGGUCCUCUCCCGACUUGCGUGCAACCUUACAAUUGGCGUGUCAAAUACGCUGUGCGUGCGUGUGUGAAAUAAGACCUGCGAGGGACUGGAAAUCCAUGGCACUUCAUUCUUCUGUUAAGAAGAUUGUGCCAAAGAAGACUUUUGCUCAGAUGACAUCACAUUUGGACUACUAAUGCUAUCCACCCACUCUACAAGGCACAAUGCAUUUCUAGGUGAUUUAACAAAUGCAGAGUAAAGCCCAUUUUUUCAUUUGCAAAAGUCUUCUGGAAAAUUAUGUGGAUGCUGUAUAUUGAAUGUCAGUGAAACUGUUUUCUGAAACAUGGAGAGUCUUUAGUGACAAACUCUGGAAACGGUGAGGAGGCAGAUCUGAGGACAAGCCAAGAAGUCAAAUCAGUGCGUCAGAGGCCAGAUCAGUGGAGUACAUCUCCAGGCAUGGGCCAGGCUCCAGUGUAGCCCAGUUCAGAAUUUCAUACUUUUCUGCAGAAGAGGAUACAUCUAACUCCACAUUGUUCUUCAAAGGAACCACAUUUCAUCCCUUAACCUCACACUUUAACAAGUCCCAAAGUGUAAAAGGCAAACGUACAAAUGUCUACCACAAGACUAAAGGGUGACAUGUUAUGUUUUUUACCAUAAGCACCCAUAAAAUGAGCUCCAUUGCAGAUCGAAAUGAUGGAAGCAUUUUUGAUGGGCUGGUGGAAGAAGAUGACAAAGAUAAAGCAAAAAGAGUGUCCAGAAACAAGUCAGAAAAGAAACGUAGAGAUCAGUUUAAUGUACUUAUCAAAGAGCUGGGUUCCAUGCUUCCAGGUAAUGCUCGGAAGAUGGAUAAAUCCACUGUACUGCAGAAGAGCAUUGACUUUUUACGGAAGCACAAAGAAAUUACUGCACAAUCAGACGCCAGUGAGAUUCGACAGGACUGGAAACCGACAUUCCUUAGUAAUGAAGAGUUCACACAGUUAAUGUUAGAGGCUCUUGAUGGUUUUUUUUUAGCAAUUAUGACAGAUGGAAAUAUAAUAUAUGUGUCUGAAAGUGUAACUCCCUUACUUGAACAUUUGCCAUCUGAUCUUGUGGAUCAGAGUGUAUUUAAUUUUAUCCCAGAGGGAGAACAUUCAGAAAUUUAUAAAAUAUUGUCUUCUCAUCUGCUGGAAAGUGAUUCAUUGACACCAGAAUACUUAAAAUCAAAAAAUCAACUAGAAUUCUGUUGCCAUAUGCUGCGAGGAACAAUAGAUCCAAAAGAGCAACCUACAUACGAAUAUGUAAAAUUUAUAGGGAAUUUCAAGUGUUUGAAUAACGUUCCCAACUCAGCGCACAACGGUUUUGAAGGAACUAUUCAGCGAUCGCACCGGCCUUCAUAUGAAGACAAGGUUUGCUUUGUAGCCACAGUUAGAUUAGCUACACCUCAAUUUAUCAAGGAAAUGUGCACUGUUGAAGAACCCAAUGAAGAGUUCACAUCUAGACAUAGCUUAGAAUGGAAGUUCCUAUUCUUGGAUCACAGGGCACCUCCGAUAAUAGGUUAUCUUCCAUUUGAAGUUUUGGGAACAUCGGGCUAUGAUUAUUACCAUGUGGAUGAUCUAGAUAAUCUGGCAAAAUGUCACGAGCAUUUAAUGCAAUAUGGGAAAGGGAAGUCAUGUUACUACAGAUUCCUUACAAAGGGUCAACAAUGGAUUUGGCUGCAAACACAUUACUAUAUCACCUAUCACCAGUGGAAUUCCAGGCCAGAGUUUAUUGUCUGUACGCACACUGUUGUAAGUUAUGCAGAAGUUAGAGCAGAAAGACGACGAGAACUUGGUAUUGAGGAGUCUCUUCCAGAGAUAACAGCCGAUAAAGGUCAAGACUCUGGGUCUGACAAUCACAUAAACACCGUGAGUCUCAAAGAAGCACUGGAAAGGUUUGAUACUAGCCCCACACCUUCUGCUUCCUCCAGGAGUUCAAGAAAAUCUUCACAUACUGCAGUAUCAGAUCAUUCAUCAACACCAACUAAAAUGAUGGUGGACACUAGCACUCCUCCAAGGCAAAGCUUAUCUGGUCAUGAAAAGACUGGGCAAAGAAGAUCAUCUCUGAGUAGUCAGUCUUUAAGCUCCCAGUCUCUUGGACAACCAGUAGCACAGCCAACGAUGUCUCAGCCUGCAACUUUACAGCUCCAGUCUGGCAUGUCCCAGCCCGUGUUUCAGUUUUCAGCUCAAUUAGGAGCUAUGCAGCAUCUAAAGGACCAGCUAGAGCAAAGAACACGCAUGAUAGAGGCAAAUAUUCAUCGCCAGCAGGAAGAGUUGCGUAAGAUUCAAGAGCAGCUUCAAAUUGUCCAUGGUCAAGGACUCCAGAUGUUCUUGCAGCAGUCAACUUCUGGACUCAAUUUUGGUUCUGUGCAGCUCGCUUCUGGAAAUUCUUCAAAUGUUCAGCAGCUUACACCAAUAAACAUGCAAGGUCAGGGUGUUCAGACUAAUCAAACUCAAAGUGGGAUGAACACAGGCCAUAUAAGUACUCCACACAUGAUACAGCAGCAGCCUUUGCAGAGUACUGCAACACAGCAUAAUCAACAAAAUGUGCUUAGUGGACACAGUCAACAGUCUUCUCUUGCCAACCAGUCACAGAAUGCAGUCUCAGCACCUUUAUAUAACACUAUGGUGAUUUCUCAGCCAACAACAGGAAACGUAGUCCAGGUUCCCUCUAGCUUACCACAGAACAAUAACCAGAAUGCUGCUGCAGUAACCACUUUUACACAGGAUAGACAAAUCAGAUUUUCUCAAGGUCAGCAACUUGUAACAAAACUUGUCACGGCCCCAGUAGCAUGUGGAGCAGUAAUGGUACCAAGUACUAUGUUUAUGGGACAGGUGGUGACAGCUUAUCCCACUUUUGCUGCCCAACAGCAGCAGCCACAGACUUUGUCAAUAACGCAGCAGCAGCAGCAGCAGCAGCAACAGCAAAGUCAGCAAGACCAUCAGCAGCAGCUCACCGCAGUCCAGCAACCAGCUCAGCCACAGCUGACCCAGCACCCCCAACAGUUCCUACAGACAUCCAGGUUACUUCAUGGAAAUCAGUCAGCUCAGCUCAUCCUCUCUGCUGCUUUCCCACUACAACAAAGCACUUUUACUCAGUCCCACCACCAGCAGCAUCAGUCGCAGCAGCAGCAGCAACUUUCGCGACACAGAACUGACAAGGUGACUGAUCCUUCCAAAGUUCAGCCACAAUAGCGUGGGGCUCUGCCUCUUUUUGAAGCAAACUGCCGGGAGGGGGCUGCUCCACAAACAGUUGCACUGAGGCUACCGAGGUAGCAGCACGAAGGCUUUCUAACACCACGGUGUGGAGACCUACUUCUAACUUCUGGAAUCUGUUAAGAAAAGCCACAAGGUGAUGAUGGGGGACAUGGCCAACUUUGAUAGUUGCCCCAGUGUCUGUGUUCUAAAGGAUUCGCUGCCAUGUGUUAAUUUGUCCAGGUGAAAUCUUAAAAUGUGACUGAAAUGAGAGGGAGGUUGAAAAUACUGGUAUUUUUAUCAAUCCUGUACAUUUUUAAAGUAUUCAAAUGGACAUGGAGCAAUUGUUCGAAUUAGCAGAAAAAAAUGCCAGAAAUAUAGUCCAAAAACCAUCUAAUUUUUUUCAGAUGAUUAUGGGACAGUAAAUAUUUUGAAAAUGUUGUGUGAAAUCCAGUUCUCUGUUGUACAGAUGCUGUAAAAUAUUGUGUAUAUGUCUGCAUAAAAGGAGAAAGAGCAAAAUAUUUUAUAUGAUGCAUGAAAAUGUAAUCUGUUAUUUGUAGGUUUGAAUAUGUUUCCCUAAAUUCUCACGCCAUACUCAGACUAAUGUUUUCCUCUGUUCUACCCUUUUGUUUACAACAUGAUGCAUCAUUAUUUUCACCCUUAAUGUGGGCACAAGUCUCUUGUUUGUGCUUUGUCUGUGAUGUCAGGGUUUGUUCAGUGAGGUAUAGUGUGUUGGUUAGUUGACUUCUCGAGGUUAAAUUAUUGAUGAAGCUGUUUGAACUGGUGAUCAUGCAUCAGGGUUCAGGACAUUCAGAUUCAUGAAUAUCAUCCAUCAUUUCAUAAUUAAUUCAUCAUUUUAUUUGAAAAAUAGGAAUUUGCACUGCUUUCUUGCGGAUGGUUUGGAAUUUUAUUCCCCAAAGCUAUCUUUUGAUAUAGUUCAUAGUUGGAAAUAUUUAUGUAAAAGGUUUAAAAAAAAAAAAAAAGACAGUAAUUUUCAAGAAUGUUUCAGUUAUAGGAGUAAUUUGCACAAAAAUAUAUUUACAUUUAAUAACCUUUUGGGCACUUUUUAACCACUUUCUCUGUGGUGAGAAUUGUAACUUGUUAAAAUAUGUUGGAAUCUUUUUAUUCUCCUUCAAAAACCAGUCAGAACUAAUUCAGGGUCAUUUUAACAACAACAACAAAACCCAUAGUGCCUUGAUUUUAAUUCAGGUGAUAAUGUUGAACAUCUUGAAUUACAACGUCUUGAAUCUGUAACCAUUUUCAAUUUUGAAGUCUUAGUGCAUCGUCAACCAAACUCGUGUAUCUACUUCAUAGCUAUUUCUGUAUUGUGUUGAUUUUAAUAAUGGUCUGAGCUGAGAGCAUGAGCAUUUUUGAGUGGUACUCCCCCUCAACCACUAGCCAGAAACAGAGGAGUCUAUAAAAUCUCAGACCUUAGAGGUAAUACUCUUAAAAGAUGAAAAAAUCUAAAAUUCUAGAUUGCUCCCUCUGCAGGAGGAGGAACAGUAGGCUGAUUUUUUUGUUUUGGUUUGGUUUUUUAAUCAUUUUUGUAGCAUUUAAAGCGUGUGUUGGGGGAGACCAUGAUUGCAUUUUACACUACCAGGCUAUUGAUUUAAGAGAUAUCACUGAACUAAGACUUCAGAAGGCAACUUCACUUUAUAAAGAAAAUAAAAAGUUCCAACAGAUAUGAUGUGCUAUUUUAAGUAAAUGUUCAGUAGGUUUUUAUGGUACUAGUUUGUGGAAGCCAGAACUUCAGAGGAAAAUGAAUAAAUGCUGAUAGAUCUGAUAGUUGAAAAGAAAAACAGUAAAAGCAGUUAAAAUUAGUACUAGGGAGAGAAAGCUGGAUUAAUCUUGAAUACUGAGGAGGAGCUGAAUGAAUGUAACCAAAUGGUGAUGGACUAUUUUGUAGUCUGAAACAGUUUGAUUGUAUUACUGGAUGAACCAAACCCGCAGGAAGGUAACACCCGCUUAGCCAAGCGUUUGGUACAGCUGGCUGCGUUUUGAGGCCGGCCUUUGCCUCUGCACGUGUCCCACCGUUAGGUCGUUGUUAUUCCCCGGUUAUAAAGCAGGAGUUUGGCACCAAAAAGCACAGUAGUGAACACGGAAGGAGAGUGUGAGGAACACAGUACCAAAGAGAAUCGGAUUGCGUUCUGCUCCAAGAAGCCUCCUGCAGCCUGGAGCAAGGAACAGAUGCCAAUACCAAACAUAGCAAGGAACAAUUCCCCUUCUGUAAAGGGGUUUCUGGCAUUCUCUGGGCUGGAAUAAUUGUCAGAAACCUGUUGCGGUAAAGUUCGAUGUAAAGAAAUCCGGCCUUGCUCUACUAUCCCUACCACGCCACUCCAAACUAAGCUGCGCUGACUAGAGGUCUGUGCUAUCAGUACUUUUGCUUAAUGGAAAGUAGGUUAGACGAUAAAAAAAUUUUUAACCAAUUACAAUAAUAAUAUAGCACUAAAAAAGAAAACUGGGAGAGCUUUAAUAGUGCUGUUGGAACUAUUGAAUAGCAGUAAAAUAGGUUUAUUAAGCUAUUAUACUGAGAAUUACAGAAAAUAGAGAUACCAGCCAGCCAGUUAAUGAUGCAGCUUUUUAUACAAGCUUUGUCUAAACUUCUCUUCCCGUUUCCCCCUUCCCAAAUUACUCUGGUGUGCUGCUAUAGGUCUGUCAGUAAAAAGGCUAAACUAGAUGAGAGGGAAACCAGAAGAUGACAAUAGCAUGGCUGCUGAAAGAGGACUAGAGCAAUGUACACUUUGAUCAGGAAGCUUCUUGUAACCUCAGAGAGAGGUCAUUCAGUCGCAGAACGACCAGCUAGGGGAGAAGGUCUAGGAGAUGGGGGAAUUCAAAGAAACUGGAAAAAUACAGCACGCAGUUGAAAAAUGCCCACCACGAAUCGGGCGACCUUUUCACAAA